UGGCCGGGCGCGAUCUCUAUUCGAAAACUUUUCCGCCAUAUCCGCUUGCGAUUUUCCCCUUACAAUCGUUCCAGUUUUGUGAUUUCAUUAUAUUAUAUAUACAUUUUUUUUUCUUGUGGCUUAACUUGUAAGUUAUUCAAUCCGCCGGUAUAUCGUUCCAAAUGGCUGCCAAUGCACCCGCCGCCCCCGCCCGGCAACGGGAACCCAUAUUUCCGGCACCAGUGCGAAAAGUGUCCCGAGGAGCAGCCCCAUCGAGUGUGUCCAGCAAUCCGGCAGUUCCCAAGUCGCCGGAUGGACUCAGCUCACUGGUGGGCAGGAAGAGCAUCACAUCCAUGUCGGACGAGGAGAUCAUCCAGGAGAACCUCAACGAGAUACUCGACCUCAAGUCGCGCGAGGAGCGAAAAGCAAAUGGACGUCUGGUGGCUGUCAUUGUAUGCUUUCUAGUGCUCUUCCUGGCCGUUUACCAUGCCUGCGUUCGAAAGACGGAGAAUUCUCUGGCCGGCGUCCUGGUUCCAGCUGGCAUCAUGCUCUCCUACGGCGCCUGGGUGGUGAUCCUGGCCAAGCGGGACAAGCGAAGGCAGGCAAUGUUUGAACGACACAUCGAGGAGGUGACCCUUAAAAACAAGACCGAAAUCGAGCAGCAUCAUGCCCGGCACCAGGCCAAGAUGCAGGCCCAAGCUGGACACUCUACCACGGGUACGGAUUCCACCGGCAGCGCCUCGAGCACUCUGCACUAUGUCAACGAGCUGAUACCCAUCGGGGAACACCGCAAGAAGCAGCGACGCCACCGGCACAGGGAGCGAGAGGAAAGGGCCGGCGAACGGGAACGGGAGAGGGAACGGGAUCGGGACCGGCAGCAUCCCAACACCACGGAGAUCGGCGUUCACCGAGGGCCAGCCAAAAGGCCAAGUAUACGGCAAAAGCUCUUCGGCCAGUCCAUUGUUCACAAGAAACUGGUGGAGGCCCAGAGCGACAGCGCGGACUCCACGGGUCCGGGCCCGGGUCCGGGAUCGAGCCGCGGUCCUGGGCACAGUUCAACAACCACUUCCAAUCCCGCCGAUAAGCGCCAGAGACUGCAGCGUAUGGACACCUUGGCCUUGCCGCAGGUGGCCCGAACCAGCUCGGCGCCGUAGACGUACAUAGAUAGGAUCGCCUUUGUAUCGCGUAAAUAAAUGUAUUAUAAAAAAAAUCAAUUAUAAACAGGAAAUCCGACUUUAUAAAUAGCCGGCAAUCAAAGAAAGGAAACUCUCCACAGUCUCCGUCCAUCUGGCCGAAACAGAAAACAUCUUCGAAAUGUUUCCUCACUUGCUAACGUAUUUAAUUUACUAAAGCAACAAACACGUUCUAAUUUUAAUUCUUAAUUUUUUUGCAAAACCCAUUUUUUCAGUAAACUUGAGAAACCAAAGCGAAAAUAUUUUU